AUGUCUUUCUUCUCGCAAAUCAAGCUCUUCGGCCAUAGUAGCCUGAUCAGCAAUCUGUCAGCAGUUGGCCGAACGGUUGGCGAAGAGAGCAGCAACGAAAAUAAUGGUACGGAUGACGAGUACGAUGUAAUCAUUGUUGGAGGAGGUACUGCUGGUUGUGUACUGGCCUCUCGGUUAAGUGAGGAAAGCUCUAUUCGUGUUCUUCUUCUGGAGGCUGGAGGAAGGCAUGUUCUUGUUCUAUCUGCCGUUUUGGUUUUCUAUAUCAGCGGCAGGGGCCUCGUUUACUCCGUCAUUCCGUCCGCAUAUUCACUUCUUUUUACAACCAAACACGCGUACCAACUGUACACCGAACCUCAGGAAUUUGCCCAGAACAAAAAGAAGUAUUGGCCCAGAGGUAAAAUGCUGGGAGGAUGUCAUUUACUGACGAUAUAUAGAGCUCACUAUGGUGUACCUGGUGACUAUGACAAAUGGGCAACCAUCACUGGAGAUAAAUCUUGGACUUGGGAUAACUUUAAGCAGUAUUUCACAAAAUUUGAGGCCUACGCCAAGAGUACGAAUUAUACUGACAUCGAUAUGUCUAACAAGGGCACCAAAGGGCCAGUGCGGGUUGGGUAUUUCCCAACAUUGACCAAGCAUAGCAAAGCAUUCAUUGAUGCAUGCAAAGGUCUGGGCAUACCAUUCAGCGCAGAUUUUAACACCGGGGAAAACCCCACCGGUGUAAAUCGAUUCAUGACCUACGUUGACGAUAAACUCGAGCGAGUGACGUCUGAAACCGCCUAUUUAACGCCCAAAGUGCUGGCUAGGCCUAACCUCACAGUAGCCAUUGACGCGCAAGUCACGAAGAUACUGGUACAGACGACCGGUGAAGAAAAGCAGGCAUAUGGCGUUGAGUUUACCAACAAACGGAAUGGCCCUGUGUAUCGUGCGAAAUCCCGGAAGGAAGUUAUCCUGUCGGCCGGAGCAAUCCACUCUCCGCAGAUUCUCAUGCUAUCUGGUAUCGGCCCGUCCGAGGAACUCAAGAAAUUCGAUAUACCCGUUGUACAUGACUUGCAGGGCGUUGGCACUCACCUCAUGGACCAUCCAGUGAUCGACUGUAACCUGAAAGACAAGACCAACACAUCGCCCAAAUACCUUAGGCCUACUACGCUCCUGGAUGUGUUCAAAUUCAUCUUUGCUGCCAUACAAUAUUUGAUCUGGAAACGAGGGCCGAUAGCGACAAAUUUAGGAGAGGCCGCGGCUUUUGUGCGAACAGACGAUACAUCGGUGUUCCCUGAUUUCUUGGAGCCUUUGGAAGAUAGCACAUCCAGUCCUAGCAGUCCAGACAUGGAGAUCUUCACUGUGGCCGUAGGGUACCAGAAUCAUGGAAUGAAAUUAUUUACCAAGCACACGUUUUCCCUCCAUUCCGUGUUGCUUCAGCCGCUAAGCAUUGGAAGCAUACGAUUGAAGUCAUUCAGUCCGUUCGAUGAUCCAAUCAUAGAUCCACGAUAUCUCCAGUCCAAAGUGGACGCCAAGAAGUUGGUGCGCGGGUUUAAGCUCUGCCUCAAAAUCUCACGGACGGAACCUCUUGCCGCACUUGUUGAUCAAAAUUGUGAGGAUGCCCAGUUAGAUCACCAACAGCAUACAAAGAACGACGCUGAACUUGAAGAGGUGAUACGAUCUCGCGUGGAGACCUUGUAUCACCCUACCAGCACCUGUCGUAUGGCCCCCUUGAAGGAAUGUGGUGUCGUGGACGUCUUGUUCUCUGUGUAUGGUAUUAAAGGUCUAAGAGUCUGUGAUGCGUCGGUGUUUCCCUCUAUCAUAUCUGGUCACACUGCCGGAGCAACGUUCGCCGUGGCAGAGAAACUCUCGGACAUCAUUAAACGAGAAUUGUCAGAAACGAAAUCCCAAUGA